AUGAUGAUGAUGAGGAUGAUGAUGGUGAGCUUAGUUGUCUUCUUGCAAGAGAUUCAUUUACACUCCUGUGAAUUUCGGAGAAGAAAGUUUGAGUUUUUAUUUUAUCUGGGAAAAUGUGUAAUGAGAGAGGGAGGAGCUUUUGUUUACCUGAUGACAUGGAGAGCGACGGAAUCAGGGGAAGGGUGUUGGUGAGGGAGAGUGAGAUUUAGGGGUUUAGUGGCGGAGAGGAGUGUGAAGAAGAGGCAGAGAAGGAAAAUGGUGUUGGAGAAGUUUUGAAGAAGCAUCGUUAGUGGCGGAUUUUGACUUGGUGUUGCUAGAUUUAGCUGUGGAAGUUGCAGUGUGUGUGUUGAGUGUCAGAAGAAGAAUGUUGGUAGAGAAAUGUGAAGAGAGAGUAGCAGAGAAGGAUUUGAAAUCCACAUAAGGGAGAAGAGGAGGAGAAGAAGAAGAAGCUGCUUUCUCUCUCACACUCUCUCUCUCUCUGCUUCUCUGCCCUCUUGCUGGAAACAGGGCUAAUAGGUUUUCUUGAGAUUUUGAUUCUGUUUCUCUUGGGGAUUUGUGUCCACUUGCAUUCUGGAGGAGAUUGGUUUACUAUUUGGGUCUCAAAUUUUGGUAAGCAAGCUCGUAUUUUAUAUUGGGCCUCUCAUUUCUCGUCAAAGUCGUCGCUAAAGCAAGUUUGUAAUUAAACACCCAAGUUAAAUGGGCGUAUAACAUAAAAGUUAGGCCCAUAACCAGGCCCAUCGUUUAUGGUAAUUAAACACCUAAAUUAAAUGGACGCCGAACGCUUUGAUGAGUGGGUCAGUGGCCAGUGUGAGUAUCAACGGUGAGGACAACACUUUGUCGUUCCGAUGCUCAGCGAUUGUGACUACCAUUCUACUAGAUUUGAAAAGGAUAUACAGUUCUUUGGGCACUGAAAAUUUCUCAGCUUCACCUAACAAUCUAGCUUGUUUCUAAGGGUCCCAAGUUCUGUCGACAGUAACAACAGUAACUUGGGGUUUCGGGUUUCAAGAUAUGGAUAGAUUCAGUGAGUUAUCUGAUGAAGUGCUUAUUAAGAUAUUAUUGUUUGUUCCAACAAAAUUGCUGUAUCCACUAGCAUUUUGUCGAAAAGAUGGGAGUAUCUUUGGAUGUGGUUGCCUAAACUUAAGUAUGGUCAUAGAGAUUCUUCUGAAUGCAAGAGGUUGGAGUGUUUUCUUGACAAAAAUCUGCCAUUACAUAGAGCUCCGGUUAUAGAAAGCUUCCGUCUUUACUUAAUUGAUUCAAAAUGCACACCUGAGAAUAUCAAGAUGUGGGUUGUUAUAGCAGUUUCUCACUGCCUGCGUGAGCUGGAGGUUAUUUAUUCUUCAUAUCCGGAGAAGCCAAACAUAUUGCCGAGUAACUUGUAUACCUGCAAAUCGCUUGUGAUCUUGGAACUCUGUGGCGAGAUUCGCUUGGAUGUUCCUCGAAUGGCAUUUCUUCCCUCUCUGAAAACUUUGCAACUUCACAGCGUGAGAUACCUCAAUGAAGACUCUCUUCAUCGGCUUCUAUCUAACUGCCCUGUUCUUGAAGAUCUAUUGGUGGAUUUACUUUUGUCAGACAGCAUGGAAAAGCUAACUGUUGUUGUCCCAUCUUUGCAGAUUUUAUCACUCUUUAUACCUCAUUCUUAUGAGAUCGAUGGGAUUGUGAUAGAAACUCCUUCUUUAAAGUAUUUUAAACUUAUAGACCAUAACAGUAAGAGUCACUACUGUUUGGUUAAGAAUAUGCCUAACCUGAUAGAGGCAGAUAUAGAUGUUGAAUUACAUAGCAUCAAGAGUCUUAUUGGAUCAAUCACAUCUGUCAAGCGUCUUUCAAUAUGUUCACAGGCUAUGUAUGAUGGAGGUUUUGUCUUCAACCAGCUUAAACAUCUGAAGCUAUGUAGAUGCAAAGGGCAUUCGUCGGAUUUACUUGUCCGACUGCUCAAAGAUUCUUCUAACUUACAAGCACUAGACCUUUCCGAAAUGGAUUAUCAUGAGAAUCAUGAUAUCCUUUACUGGCAUCAACCAAGUACUGUCCCUGAAUGUAUGUUGUUGAGUCUCCAAACUCUCAACUUGUCGGCAUAUAGAGGAACACCAGAAGAGAGAGAUCUUGCAGUGUAUUUCUUGAAGAACGCUGUUCACUUGAAGACCACAACAAUCAAGUCAUGUGUUUUUGAUGAUGAAAGAUUUGACAUGUUAAAGGAGUUGGCACUUUCUUCUAGAGCUUCAACAACAUGCCAACUCGUGUUUGAUUGAGAGUAUUUGAUCACCAAAACAAAGCUUGUUCUUCAGUUCUUCCAUGUCCCCGGGCUCGUAUGGUUUGUCUUCAACCUGAAAAUUUGUUUUCGUCAACCAUCUUUUUCUAUGUUUUCCGUUUUUUUUGUAUGUGAUAAAAACUUUAUUCUAUAUGUUGUCCACCAAAAAACAAAUUAUGUUGAUUGGAGAAGUUAUAUGAUAAGUUUUAAUC